AUGCUUCAUGGACAUGUCUUUAGACUUGGGUUCCAAUCUGAUACCUUUGUUCAAACUUCACUUGUUGAUAUGUACUCGAAGUGUUCGGUUAUUGAAUCUGCAAGAAAGGUGUUUGAUGAAAUGCCACAAAGAAGUGUUGUCUCUUGGAACACUGUGAUUUCGGCUUACUGUCGUGAGUCUUUGAUGGAUAAGGCGUUGAAUCUCUUGAAAGAGAUGUUGGUUUUUGGUUUUGAACCGAGUUCAUCUACGUAUGUUUCAAUUUUCUCGGGUUUUUCUUCUGGUAUGAAAUCUUUUGAGUUUCUUUCGCAGGGUAUGUCAAUACAUUGUUGUGUUGUUAAACGUGGACUUCUGUGUUUUGAGGUAUCUUUGGAUAACUCAUUGAUGGGUACGUAUGCUCAGUUUGGACGAACGGAUGAAGCAAGGAAAGUUUUUGACUCUAUGGACGAAAAAACAACAGUUUCUUGGACAACUAUCAUGGGGGGUUAUGUGAAAGUUGGAGAUGUCGCGGAAGUGUUUAAGUUAUUCAAUCAAAUGCGGCAUCAAAGUAUUGGCAUUGACUUUGUUGUGUUUCUAAAUCUUAUUUCUGGUUGCAUUCAAUUAGGAGACUUCUUGCUAGCUUCAUCAGUUCACACUCUUGCACUCAAAUGUGGGUGUGAUAAAGAGGAUUCCAUUGAAAACUUACUUAUAACUAUGUACGCAAAGUGCGGUAAACUUACAUCUGCUAGAAUGAUAUUUGAUGCAAUCAUUCGAAAAAAUGUUCUAUCAUGGACGUCAAUGAUUGCAGGAUAUGGCCAUUCAGGUCACCCAAAGGAAGCAUUGGAUCUCUUUAGAAGGAUGGUAAGGACAGAAAAUAGACCAAAUGGAGCAACCCUUGCAACUGUUUUAUCAGCCUGUGCUAAUUUUGGAUCACUCAACAUUGGACAAGAGAUUGAACAAUACGUUUUCGAAAACGGAUUUGAGUUGGACCAACAAGUCCAAGCGUCUCUCAUACACAUGUACUCUAAAUGUGGUAGCAUCAAUAAAGCAAGAGAAGUAUUUGAAAGCGUCAAAAAUAAAGAUUUAACCACUUGGACUUCCAUGAUAAAUAGUUAUGCCAUCCAUGGAAUGGCGAAUGAAGCUAUUAACCUCUUUGAAAAAAUGACAACUUUAGAAGGGAUAAAACCGGAUGCCAUUGUUUACACUAGUCUUUUGCUUGGAUGUAGCCAUUGUGGAUUGGUAGAAGAUGGAUUGAAGUACUUCAAAAGUAUGCAAACAGAUUUUGGAAUAACUCCGACAAUAGAACAUUAUACUUGUUUGGUCGAUCUUCUGGGCCGAGUUGGGCAACUUGACCGAGCUUUAGAUGCAGUUGAGGCGAUGCCACCGGAAGUCCAAGCCCAAGCUUUGGGUCCAUUGCUUAGUGCUUGUAGGAUCCAUGGCAAUGUUGAGCUGGGAGAGCUUGCAGCUGCCAAGUUAUUAGGCGAUAGUUCAAAAAGUUCUGCGAGUUGUGUAUUAAUGGCUAAUUUGUAUAACUCUGUUGGGAAGUGGAAGGAGGCGAAUUCUAUGCGAAAUUUGAUAGAUGGUAACAGAAUGGUUAAAGAAUGUGGCCGGAGUCAAGUCCAGAUCAGUGGUUAA